AAUGUGACUGUCUUCUCUACAGUCUUCGUUUUUGACAAAAGUUUUUAAAUUUGACAGGUGUUUUGAUUUCGUGCUGUCAUAUGUCAUAUUAAAAAUUGAGCAACAAGCUGCAAAAGACAAGCAAAUUUUCGCCAACGCAACAAAGUGCCAAACAAACCAAAAAACUAAAAAUUGGGAAGCGGUAGAGCCGCACCCUAUUUCCUAUUUACUGUAUUCAGUAAAUCAUUCACCAUAGGCCUGUCAGAUACAGCGUUAAUGGACAUGGUUGUCUCAAAUCUUCAACAACAACGUUCCGUCACCGAACAACUUCGCAGGGAAGCUGCCGUCAAGCGAAUGCCUGUCUCUAUGGCCGUAAAGGACAUCAUAAAAUACAUAACCGAACAUGAGCAGGAUGACUGUCUUUUAGUAGGAUUUUCCAGUCAACGGGUUAAUCCAUUUAGGGAGAAGACUCCUUGUACACUGCUGUAAUUUUACUGAAAGGGGCAUUUUAGCUAUUUUAUCACUGUCAAGCUUAGAAAUGAUCAUCCUCAGGAAAGUGGAAUUUUGGUGUUGUAGGGUAAAUAAUUACUGUUACUGUUAGCAAACUUGUGCUUAUAUUAACCAAACAGCGCUUGUUAAAUACUCAAGUAAGUAUUUUUUUAAUAUUUUUUUGCAACUGGAUAAAAUUGUAAAUUAUCUUUGUACUCAAUUUUUCAAUCAACACUUAGUGAGCCAGUUGUAUUCGAAGGCAGACAUUUUCUCAAUAAUAGGCGUCGUGGAUGCUGCUGACACUACACUGGUUAAUUUAUUGUAAGUAAAUUAUGUUUUCCUGAGACUCUGGUAUUCCUGAUGAAGCAGGACUUUCAGUGUGACUUCCAGUUUUUUGUCUUUGAGAAGUUCAAAGAAUGAAACACCCUUUGAGUUUCUCACUUCGCACUCCUCAAAAAUGGAAAACUGGUAGUCAAACUGAGAGUCCUGCUUCAUCAGGAAAACCUGAUUACAAACAACCAGUACAGUGUCAGAAGAGUCCAAGAUGCUCUCUCAUCAGUCAUGCUUCAUUAGACGAGGCAGGCAUUUUGUCAGUACAGUAAAACCUCAAUAUGACGGACCUCUAUAGGCUUUUCAUCGAUUAUCAUUUGUUUCGAGCUUCUGUCAUUAUGUUGUAUAAUCUGUAUAUAAUAUUAAUAUGCACGGAUUAUACAACAUAUGACAGAAGCUCGAAACAAAUGACUGUGAAUGAAAAGCCCUAUUUAAUGGACUUCGGUUAUAACUGACAAAAAAUCCGAUCAAAUGUAAAAAAAUUAAAGAUGUCCUGUUAAUAUUAUAGAUACUUAACCCUGCCCAUACCAAGAUACAUUGCAUAACAACGAGGUCACUGUUGACCCCCAAACGCUAUAUUUUACAAAGAGUUUCAACAAACUUUUUAUUAUAGCACAAUGAGGACACAUUUCUAAAUAGUCUGAUUUAUUUUAAACCUAUUUUUAUAUAACAGACUUGGCUUUAACGGACACCUGUUCCCCCAAUUAGUCCAUUGUAUCGAGGUUUUAUAUAAUAAGUGUCGUGGAUGCUUCUGACACUAUACUGGUUGAUCGAUUGUAAGUAAAUUAUAUUUUCCUGAGAAUGUGGUAUUCCUGAUGAAGCAGGACUUUCUGAUUUUGAGGAGUUCAAAAAUUGAAACUCGCUUUCUGAGUUCAUCACCUUGCACUCCUCCUCAAGAACAGAAAACUGAUAGUUGGACUGAAAGUCCUGCUUCAUGCGGAAUACCAAAUUCUCAGGAAAAUAUAAUUACAAACAACCAGUACAGAUGGUAACCAACGUUCUGAAAGGACAUGGAAGAAGUACAGUGCCAGAAGUGUCCAAGAUGCCUCUCUCAUCAGUCCUGCUUCGUCAGAUGAGAAAUGGCGAAAUGGCAUCUACUAGAAUCAGUUCUGGAACUUAAAGGUAAACUACACUACAGGCGGAAAAAUGAAAGAAUACCCAUGAACGAUCACAUCAAUCACUUAUUUUGUAUUUGCUGUCUUUUUCUAUAAAGAGCAAACGUUUGUUAUAGACAAAGACAGCAAAUACAAAAUAAGUGAUUGAUGUGAUUGUUCAUGGGUAUUCUUUCAUUUUUCCGCCUGUAUGUCAUUUCGAUCAACUGUGCAGUAGAGCACACAGUGAAUUUUACAUCUAAAACAAAUUUAUGUAAUAAAAUAAAUCAAACUGGAUAAUUUAACAUUCCAUAUAAAAAGUUGGUUAAUGUAAGUACAAAUAAUAACAUUGUUUAGUUAAUGUUACACCCUAUGAUGUGUAGCUGUAGCUGCGUAUGCCUUUUUAGGAUUAACAUACUUUAUUUGGGUUGCCACAUACACUAUAUUAGAUCUUAUGGUGCUUUGUGAACUAAUAGUUUUUAAUUCUAAUGUACAUAUCAAUGUGGGGGUGUCGUAAUUAUCUAUUGUGAAUUUAUUGUAUUGGCUAUUUGGCGUGGGAACCAAUUUUCAGAUAUAUUUUAUAAUUCUUCAUAUAUGUUAUCUUAGUCUAUCCUUGUCAGACCUGGUCCGGUACACAUUUUAAUAAAACAGCAUUUUUAUGGGUCACCCCCAAAAUCUAUACAUGCCUAACUUCACACGCUACUUUGAUAUGAGAUUUAUAAAAAAAUAUGCAUUGAAGUCCAGAUCCCGUAAUUUUUUGAGCAUUAUAAAGUGAGUACAAAGACAUACAAAUUUUUUUUUUGUAAUUCCACCUUAAAUUUACCCUGCAAUUCUUGUAGACUAUUAUCAAUAAGGCAGAGUUGUCAUUAUUUUGGGUCGUGCCCCAUUUUUCUUUGUCUGCAGUAAUGUUAUAGGUAUUUCCAAAGUAUGUCAGUGUUUGAAUGAUUUAUAUAGUGGCUGUUUUGUUGCGAUUUUAAAUCAUUGAAACUUAUCUCUACGAUUUUUUGGUAAAUCCUAUUAACUAUAGCAUUUUUAAGGAAUUUUCAAAAUUUGUAGAUUACACUUAAUGUUUGUUAAAAAGUUUUAGCAAAAUAUACUUUCAAUUAAUCUAUUUCGACUACAAUUGGUCCUAGACCUAUGGUCUGUUGCUUUUCUCUUUUAUAAAGCUUGGAAAUUGAUUGUCAAGCAACUCAUAAAUGAAAUUUUGCAGUAAAAUGUUACUUCUUAAGUACACACCCCGUCUUACUGACAUGGCUUAUUUAAUUAUCAAAGUGUUGUCCAUAUAAAAGGACCUAGGGACUGACAGGGAUACUAAAAGUACAGUAGAGCGUCGAUAAUCCGAACCCCGGUAAUCAGAACGCAAAAAAAAUUAUAAAAUUAAAAAAUGAUUGCGGACCGAAUUUUUGGAUUUAAUGAGCAAAAUAUGACCGCGGAUUUUUGUUUUGUUUAUGCAGAAAUACAUACAAUAUAUUUGUUUAUUAUGCAGGUGUUUUAUUCCUUGUAACUAAAAUGUAUGUACCUACAUAAUAUGUACUAUGUUAAUGAGCUUUGUAUGUAUUUUGAACAUAUGUUUGAUACUCCGAACAAUUUGAUAAUCCGAACUACCCCUGUACCAAUUAGUUCGGAUUAUCGACGCUCUACUGUAUAUUUAAAUUUUACAAAUGUUUACGGAAUUUGAUUGUUUCUGUUAGUACGAUGACUUCUUAUGUAGUGAUUUGCCUUAAGAAACUUAAACACUGAAUUUAUUGUCCAGAUAUUUACAUGUUGUAGAUAUUUAUAUAAAAAAAAUAUAGGUCUUAAAUGUUAAAUUAGAUAUAUGUAUAUGAUGUGUAUAAAUAAUAAGUGGCCUUUAACAUUGUUUAAUAAGGUUCCCUCAAUCUUCGAUAGAUCAAAAAAUCAUUGGUAGGUGGAGAAACUAACAUUCAAUACAUAUCUCUUUAGAUUAGCUGAAUCUAAUUUAAAGAAACGGCAGACUGGGAUUGUGUUCUAAAAUAUAUAAUAUGCAUAAAAUCAAAACCAUUACUUCUUAUUUUAUUCCAGAAAUACCAUUUUUAUCUUUUUAUUCUUCAGUAUAGUUUAAGUUUAAAUCAUUUUGAAAUUGCAGAUAUAGAUUUAACUAGAUGUUUAUACUGCCAACAGUUUCACAUUUUUGAUUCAGAUUUUCUUCUAUUAGAGUUUGGUUCUCCGUGACUUUAUCAAUUGCUCAUAUCAGUAGCAUCUCAGGGUAUACACUCUUCAGCUUGAUAUGAUUUUCAAAUUACCUGUUGAUAGAUGUUUUUGGAUAAAAAUUUUUAAAUAAGGGAGAUCAAAAAUCUAUAACAAGUUUUCUUUUCAACAUGGCAGUUUCUAACUGAAACUGAAGUAGUCACUGCAAAAAAUAUACUAUGUUCAAGAUGCUAAAACCAAGCAUCUGAACAACAGCAGUAUAUCUGCGCCAUAAGUUUAUAGCCCCAUUUAUUACACCCUGUUCAAAAUUAUUUCAAACAAACUGCAUUCUUUCCUUGAGAUGUUCGAUGACGUUUCAAAUCGUUGUCUGUCAUACAAAUUUUGUUCGAAAAUUCUCAAAUUGAAUAGUCAACCGGAUUUAAUUGUGGGCUGUUAGGUGGCCACAUCUCUGGCUCAAUAUAGUCCGGGCAGUAUAAUAUAUAAGUAUAUAAUAUAUAAGUAAAAGUUAUAUAUAAUUUGAACAAAACAUUUUGCAUUAGUCAUUGCUACAGCAGCUAAGUACUAUAUAACCAACUACUUACUACCUCCUUCUUUUUUAUAGGUUAUGAUUGUUAAUUCUCGAAUCGAACCAGGGUGUCCUAGUUUUUUUAAUUCAUAAGAUUAAAUUGUCCUGUACAAAAUAUCAAAUUGUGUACAUUAUACAACUAUAAAAUAUGCAACAAAGAACAAUACUUAUUGUGGUAAAGCUUUGUCACUCACAUUGUUCCAUUUUAACCAGGAUCCAUUAGAUUGGCAUUGGUUACAGACAGGUGACAGAAUCAUCCAUUAGAAUGGUAACAGAAGUCUCUCUAAAAAGCAGAUAACACUAACUCUAACACUUAGCAAAAAUUAAAACCUUAAUGGUUAAUAUGGUUUUAAAGCUACUCUUUUGCUGUGAAAUUCAUCAUCAUCUGUAACCACUGGCAGCUCGUGGAUGGCCAUGGUUGUCUGUUGAGGUUUCUAGGCUCUAAAAUUUGACAUGGUGUGGAGGCCAGCCACAUGCAUAACUCCUCAAAAGGUCAACGUUUUAUAACAAAAAUAGGUACUUCUUAGAUUGUCGUCUUUGAGAUAAUUUCAGUGUCAUGUAUAAUUUUGCUUCCUUGACUAUAGUUGACCAUGUUUUUCUUUCCUUUGCUUGUUUUCCCAUUCUCGUAUUCCUAGUUCUUUUAAAUUGUGGUUAAUACCAUCAACACAUCUCUUGCAGAACAAUCAGAAAUAUUUUUUUUGUUUCUACUUCCACCCAGGACCCUAGGAAAAUGGUUUUCAAAAUUUUGUUGUUGUUUUUUUGGAUAUUGUAUGAUAUAUUUAAUUGUUUAUAUAACUUAAAACAUUAGAUAGAAAUCAAAAAACAUAUUUUUCUGAUUAUUAUUGAGUUUAACUAACACUCAGUUUAACUAAUUUUAGUUAUUUCAGCAAACUGUACAAGUAAAUACAAAUUAAAGAUUGAUUUUUUAAUUUGAUUCAUACUAUUCUUAUAAAAAUGUUUAGUCUAUACUGAUGCAAUUGAACUAAGAGAGUCAUUAAUAUUCAGCUCAGCGGAGUGCUAUUCUUCAAGGUGUGAAAUUCUAUCAACAAGGGAUCUGCCUGUUUUAUGGAAUGAUCCCUUGUUUAUUUAAGUACACAUUUCCAUUAAUAGUAGCCCGCCGAGCUGAGUAUUAAUGACUCUCUUAGUUUGAUUGCAGAACUAUACCUCCACCUACCAGUACCUAUAUUAUUUGACAGACAAUAUUUGUAUCAUACUAUUUCUGCAUUGUAUCAUUUAGAUUCAGAAUUUACACAGAAUUGCCAAAAAUGUGGCAGCCCUGUACUACUCAGACUGAAAGUAAACCCCCUCUUAAUAUUUUAUCUACUACAGUUGAGAUGUAUUUUUCUAUUGGCUUUUAAGUGCACAUAGAGCUAUAUUGGUGUAUCUAUAUAAUAUAUCUAUAAAUAUAAAUGUUAUAGAUCUAUACAUAUUGAUGUUAUAGAAGUUGUAUUCAUAUAUUUGGUGGUAAAUGCGAAAUGUCCCAAUUUGAAUAUGUUCUCCACUAUUUUGUUAAGUAAAUUAUAAAUUUUUAGAAUGUGAAGUUAGUUUUGUAAGAAUUAAUAAAUAUAAUAAGUAACAAAA